AUGGCUUUUGCAUCCACUAUAAUAGUCACAGGCGGUACAUCUGGUCUAGGAUACAAUGCUGCGCUAAUUCUCGCACGUCAACAACCCGACUCCCUCAUCAUCGUCGCCUCCCGCAAAGAUUCAUCCACCUCGGCAUCAUCCAUCAACAAGACUUUGGGCCAGAAAAACGCCAUAUUUAUCCCCCUUGACCUCGCCAACCUUUCUAAUAUCAGAGCAUUUGCUGCAGAACUAUCAAAGAACAACUAUCCACCAAUCAAAGCCCUGCUCCUGAACGCCGCACUACAGUUCCCUGAGGGGCUAUACUUUACUGACGACGGCAUUGAGAAGACUUUCGGGAUCACGCAUGUUGGACAUGUACUCCUCUACCAUCUCCUCACGCCAUAUUUUGCAGAAAACGCACGCGUUAUUAUUACCGCGAGCGGGACUCAUGACCCAGCGCAGAAAACUGGGCUGCCAGACGCAGUGUACAUCUCUGCGGAGAUGCUGGCACAUCCCACAGGCGAGUGGGCUACUAUGAAAGAGGGACUACAGCGAUAUGCAACAAGCAAGUUGACGAACAUACUUUGGAUGUACGCUCUCCAUCGGCAUUUGGAGGCACAGAAAACGACUUCCACCAAGAAUAUUACGGUGGUGGCAAUGGAUCCAGGCCUCAUGCCCGGCACAUCUCUUGUAAGAGAUUGGAAGAUUUUCAACUACAUCCCCAACUUUCUUUGGUUCAGCAUCAUCCCUCUAUUCAUCCCGCUUGCGAGGAAAUUAGUGGAUCCUAAUAUCCAUUCACCGAAGGAGUCUGGUACUGCACUGGCGAAGCUGGCCACGGGUGAGGAGUUUGAAGGGGUGUCGGGAAAGUACUUUGAAGGCACGAGGGAGAUACAGAGUAGUGUUGAUAGUUAUAAGGUGGAGUCUCAGGAUGAUCUUUGGAGGUGGACGGUGGAUAAUGUAGCGACAAGCGAGGAGGAGAGGGCGAAGUUUGAUGCUGGGAGAUGA